UAGGUACGUUCACGGCGAGAUCACCUGAUACAGUGAUUGUAAACAAACAUUCGAUUCAGUGAUGAAACUUUUAUUUUCACCAUUAUUCGGCUCUUUUAAGUGGAUACUGCCCGUUAAUGUCUACACCCAUAGUGUCUAGGACAUAUUAAUUCACAAACCUGGCUACUGGGACCAGUUUCAUCGCCUCCGUCGUAUAAAAUAAAGGAAAUGAAUAAUAACCACAGAAGACAAAACAGUCGAGGAAGAUCAACAGUUUUAAAAGUUGUGAUCCUUGGAGAUGGAGGAGUUGGGAAAUCAUGCCUCAUGAAUCGAUUCGUAACCGACCGCUUUGAUGAGCAUUCCUUUCAUACUAUAGGUGUUGAGUUUCUAAAUAAAGAAAUAGAAUUGGGUGGAGAAACAUAUACCCUACAAAUUUGGGAUACUGCUGGACAGGAAAGAUUUAAAAGCCUUAGAACACCAUUUUAUCGUGGUUCUGACAUGUGUAUUUUAACUUUUUCUGUUGAUGAUCCUCCAAGCUUUAAAAAUUUGGAUACCUGGCGGAAGGAGUUUGUUUACUAUGCAGAUGUCAAAGCAGAUUUUCCAUUUUUAGUUGUUGGAAAUAAGAUUGAUCUUGAAAGAAAGGUAACCACUGAAGAAGCAGAGGCCUGGUGUAAAGAAAAUGGUGACUUGCCAUAUGUAGAAACUUCAGCCAAAGAUGCAACAAAUGUCGAUACUUCUUUUAUGAUGUGCUUGAGACGAUGGGCAAACAUUGAAGGACGACAGGAAAGACUACCAAUGCCAGAUACUGUACAGUUAGACAGCAGUGGGUCUCAGCACCAUUUUUGUUCUUGUUCCUCGUAACCAAGUACGAUAGCUAAUUCAGGUGGAUCUAGUAAUGGAUGAAUUGAUAGACUGCAGACUCAAAUAUGUGGAUGGGAUAAUCUAGUAGUAUGAAAACUUUGAAUCUUGAAGUGGAGAUUAUUUAUAGCAUUUAGAAUUAAUAUGUGAUACAACUGAACUUAAUUAUAUUUUAAUAUUCACCUGCUAGUGAUAAUAUUGUGUAGAAUAAUACUGUUUUUUUAAAGUUAUGAAUUGUUUGUAUUUGUUAUCAAUUUUUUACUGAAUGAACUGGCAAAUUGUAUAUCAGAAAUGUAGCGCAAGCACUCCAUUUACUGUAACUGAUAGACAGGGCAUGAAAUAUUCAUAAACACAGCCAUUUCACACCAGAUGCAAACUUGAAUGUGAUGCCAGACUUUGGUCAUGACUUACCAGAAUGAUCACAAAACAUAAUAUGCAAGUUACGAUAGUCAGUAUGGAAGCUAUGAUGACAACCAGAGAAUUCUAAUACAUUUAAAUUUCUGCAAAAAAUGUAACUCAAGGAAGCGUAUUAAUUUAUAAACAUGAAGGCAAGUGUUUUAUGUAACUUAAGUUUAAAUAUGUGCACUGGGUGUUUUGUGAUGGUUUAGAUGAGGCUAAGGAGACAUGCCACUAAUGAUAGAGGUUAUGAAAGCAAAUGAUGAUUUGCUUAUGAUAUGGAAUUACUUUGGGUACACAAACAUCUGACACCAGUUUUAAGAUUAUGGUUUUAAUAGGUACAUUGGUAGAGCUGGAACAGAGUGAAGAUAUGACUCGGAACAGGUCACAACUACAUGAUAUUGACAUGUUUAAACCCACAAUGUUACUAAAAUGACUGUUUUUAUUUUAAUCAUAACCUUGCCAUAAUCUAGUUCUGAAAUUGACGACUUCCUUGUGCCUGUUAACUACUCUCUAUUACCAUGAAGAUAUAUUACUGCAAUAUAAUAUGAAUUAAUGUCAAAAUACUGCAAUAUAAUAUUGUCAAAAGUUGAUAAAUUCAAGGACAAUCCUUUUUAGACAGUAUUACACAAUGGAAAACUAAAGGACUGGUGAAAUGGAAAAUAUUGUUACCAACUCAGUGAUACUGACAAUAUAACUUCUCAUCCCAUGUGUACAGUGGUAAUUAAUGUUUAUCAUUAGUAGCUUAGCUAGUGUAGUAUCUGGUGUGAAUUGGCCUUUACCUUAGAGCUAUUAAGGACAAGAUCUGCAAACAAACUCUGUUUAGAAUCUUAUAUUUUCUAGUAGGUUUGACAUUUUUUUGCAGUGUUUAUUUUUUAAAAUGGCACUGUUUAUCCUUUAGUUUGUUUUGACUGUAACAUACAAAGGCAGUUCAGCUCUUUAAGCCAUCAAAAUAGGAAAGAGGAGAUACCACUUCAUCUUUAUACAAUGCUUACCUAAACAGAGGUAUACUCAGUAUUGAAAUAAAUAUAAUUGUUAUGAAUUAUAUCAAGAUACUAGAUCAUUAUUUUUCAUAAAGUUCUGUACAACUAUAAAUACUGCUUUCAAUGUUAGAAGUAUUUUGAAUACUGCAGUACAGCACAAUACUAAUAUAAGAGGCAAAUGGUCAGGUUUUAUAUAUUGGAUUUAUUAAUUGAUACAGUAAUAGUAAUGCAGAAGUCAAGGGAAAAUGUCCUAGGAAAUGCACUUUCCCAGGUGUACAUGAGGGCAGCUGAUAAUGAGAAUCUUUUCAAAGGUGUGACUUCCAGAGUUUCACCAGCACCUCAGUGGCGUGGUUGUUUUGGUGUUUGCUUCUCACCUCGGUGGUCGUGGGUUCGAUUCUCGGCCAUUCCAUUGAGGAGUGAGAGAUGUGUAUUUCUGGUGAUAGAAGUUCACUCUCGACGUGGUUCGGAAGUCACGUAAAGCUGUUGGUCCCGUUGCUGAAUAACCACUGGUUCCAUGCAAUGUAAAAACACCAUACAAACAAACAAUCCAAAGUUUCACAAAAUACUAUCCUACAGUGAGUACAGUCACUACUACAGUACUGUUGGAAAGUAUUAUGAAGAUACAUAUUAAUGAACAUUCAGAAAAGUGGUUCUAAGGCUCAUUUUGACAAGAGGAUCAUAAACUGUAGAGGUAACUCAUAAUUGGUGUAAGUCCAAAGGGUGAGAUAUUAGGGAAAUGAGCUGUAAUAUGCUGAAACUCAGGUAAUAUGAUAAGAAAAGGGCUACAGAAAUCUUUAAAGAAAGAAGGAAAGGCUGUAUUAUUAUCUCAUCAGAUGCUAAUUUUUAAUGAGUUCAGCAAGAUUGCUGUGUUAAAAUAUUCUUUUAAUACAGUACUCCAGCCUGAGAUUUCUUAUGUUUCAUAUCUUCUAUGUUGCUGACUAGGGUUUAUGAAAUUUCCAUGAGAUGAAGCUCUAUACUUACCCCAUAUUGUGCUUUCCUAAUUGCUUGAUAUUUUUAAAAAGUAAAUUAGCUCUUUUUAUCCCUCUUUAAAAGAAAACAAUGUCUAAAGGGUAACUUUGAAGUACUGUGCAAAGAUUUUGAUUAGUAGGUUCAAUAGAAAAUGAAAUGAUUAUGUUCUACUUAUGUUAGUCCUCUUUCCUUUUUUAUGGUGUAAGAGCUUGACUUUUUAAAAUACCUAUAUAUGAUUUACUCUACUUAUAUUUACCAUAAAUUGAGAACCUAAAACUAUAUAAUGUAUAUACUGUAGUAGCUGGUGUCACUCCUAUAAAUGUGUUUUGUUUUAUGGACAUCAAAGAUGUUUAAUUUUUUUUAUAUUACAAGUGUAAACCUGAAAGCUUGGCCUGUUAAGUAGAUGAACAUGUCUGAAUUGAAGUGUAGAUGUAAACAUUUUUAAAUAUGAAAUUUCAUGUAAAUAUUGUGUGCUAUUGUAAGUGUUUUUUUUACACAAUUUUACUUUUAAUGUUUCUUGCCAAAAUAGGAUAAAAGCAUGUUCUUAUCAUGUAUAUUAAAAGUUAUGUUCCAAGAACUAAAGCAAGUUGACUUUUCUCUUAAAUCAUAUUUAUGUAUACUAGCAUCUUUGCAAUGGAAUGUGUAGAGCUUAGCUUAUCACAACAUAUUUCUAAUAGUGUAUGUACAAUAUUCAUCAAGACAUUGAUGACAUAUCUUUAAAAAUUGCAUGCCACGAGGAUUUUUAGCCAUGCAUUUUUCUCAUUGAGGAUAGCAGUGCACUUUAUAAAACCUGGUACCCAGGUGGUAUACCAAGGUUUGCUGAAUUGUGCAUGUGUAUUUGUAAAAGUGGCUGUGAAGGGCUUUAAAAGCAAAGGGCUUAUGGUAACAGUUAAGGCAUAGUCAUUCUUAACAAAUUUUUGGACAUGAAACAAGUGCUGUAUUGAAUGAUUUUAUGUAAAUGAUAAAGGAAAAUGAGUUAAAAUUAGGAAAAUUAAUAGAAAUGAGACAAUCUCUCACAGCCUUCAUUCACUUAUUAUAUCAGGCUAUUAGAGCUGAUAACAAGGGGUUAUCCUUAUUCUUAUUUUACCAGGUUAUUAGAUUUGAAAAUGAGGGCUCAUUCUUUUUAUCACUUAACUAGAACAGCUUGUAGUAAUGUAAUUAAUUUCAUUAGUGGUAUUUUUGAAGCCAUUUUGGGGUGUCUUAACUUGUUUUUAACUUAAAAGAGUGAUGUCAUGCCUUAAAGUAGUUAAUCACUUUUCUGGACGGAGCAAAGUGUGUAGAUUACCAAAAACAUUAUUGACAACGUGAUAUCUUUUGUACAGAACUUGAUUAAUUUGAGUUUUUGCCUUCAGAGCAUGACUGAUUGCUGCCAAAACCAAAUAUCUUGUUCGUAGUCUCAAAAUAUCUUAACUAUGAGAAUGUAUGUGUAGCAGUAAACAAAUUUCAUUUUCUUUUGUUGUCAGAAUAAGAUCUGAGCACUAUUACAAAAAUUACACAUUUUUUGGACUUUCAAAGAAGCUCUUGACAGGUAUUGUGGGGCUUGAAAUUUAACCUGCUUUGCUAAUGCCAGUACAGAUUCUACUGUACUGGAACUCUGUCCCUCUUUUCUCUCCACAGCCAUCUAAGCAUACAGUCCCUUAGAAACACCAUCUUACUUGCUUAAAGAUAAAUGCUCAAUUGUAAGACACAUCAGCAGAUUAUUAGCAAACUAGUAGUAUAUGUACUACCAGACAUAGACAUUCGAAAUAAGUAAAUCACUACAUCAUGUACUACUAAAUAAUGUGCAAAGAAUGAAAGAUACCAAAGAGACAACUAACAUACAGUCUUUGGAAAACACUGAUUACAGUAACAGUACAAAUUAUCUAGAUAAAUACUUUUGCCAAAUCAAAAACAAAAACCAAUAAGUAUGGUACACUUGGCAUAUGAUACCAAAGUUAUCUACUAUUGUGAUAAAAUAUGUUAUUCAUCUUUGACAACAGUUUUUUUAUGCCUUAUCAAUAACCAGUAUGAAAGGAAUCAUUAAACAAUUAGCAUCAUUAGCUACAAAAACCUGUUUCCUGAACAUGGUUCAUUACUUUAAUUAUUCAUGUAAUUAGCCCCAAUAGAGACAAGCAGUGUUGGCAGUUACAUAGUAUGUAGUUUCAUUAAAUAAUUAAUAAAGGACUUUUUUGGGUGUAAUAUAAGGAGAUCUAAUACACUCACUCAGCUAAAGUUCAAUCUAAAUACACGAGGUAUAACGUAGAUAAUGUAGGUUCAUCCACCUAGAUGAUGUUUGAGUGUAAAUUGAUAACUGUGGCUACAAUUUGAAAACCGAAAAACUUUUAAGACAUGGAUGCUCACCAUUCAGAAAACACCUUAAAGCAGUAUAAAAAAGCUUUCUACUAACACAUAAAAACUUUCACUGUGACUGGAUGUAAAUGAUUAUAUAAUUUCAUUGAUGACAGAAUGACCACAUUUUAUUUGUGAAUUCUGAUUGGUGACAGUACCUUCAAACCUGGGUAAUAAUAUUAGGGUCUCUUGUCAUAAAUUCUAAGGAUAUACUUGAAUUGCUGAUCUAUGUAACAACUAGGAAUUACUUUCAACUGUCAAGAGACAAUUAGGUUUUAUAUAUUUAUACUUUUAACUAUUUUUCUUUCAUAGUGGUUGGCUAUAGCUGAUGUUUAGAUUUUCCACGUUGCCUAAACAAUGAGCCCUAAUCUCAAAAAUCCAAUGACAUGUUAAAUAACAUAUCAUUAUUAACAACACUGUGAUUUAUAACAUGCAAUACCAAAAACAGGUAUAUCUUGACUAAUCCACUAACCUGUAAUCCAGUUCCUCCACUAAUUUGGCAUCAAUGAAAUUUCCCAGGCCAGCGUAAUUUAAAAUUUCCUGGGCCACAGCAAACAGUUCCACUUACAAUAGAUUUGUUCAAUUGCUGGUGUGCUGCCUCCCACACGAGAUCAUUGCUUGCUUUCUAGUAUUUACGUAUUCUGUAGUUUGUUCUAAUUUAAACCCAGUUUUGGCUCCAGUGGAAAAGGUUGUGCAUCCCAUGCUGUGAAGAGUACAGUGUGCAUGUGUGGUUGGUAUAACCAAGUUCCAGUGUAAAAGUAAUAUUACUCAAAACAUUGGGCUAGAACUCACACAUCAUGGUAAUGAUUAUUAUAGGCUAUAACAUAUAUAUUUGCACUUGAAAUAGAAUGAAAAAGUUAUGAUGUAGACACAACGACUAAUAUACGUUUCGAUACCAACAUCUGAGACAAUUCCAUUUAUGUGAUGUCACCACCUAAAUUAGGGAUUCAACAAUGGGAUUGGAGGUUUUUAUUUUAACUACUGUAUUUGCAAUGUUUAUCAAUAAUAAUAAUAGGUGAUGAAAGCUAAAUAAAUAACUGGAAAUUAAAUUAAUAUAAUUCUAUCUAGUUGUUGGUCGUUAAUAUGUGCUGGAAAAUCAACAAAAAAGUAAUGAUGAACAACUAACUUUGAAAAAAUGUCCAUUUCAUACCAUACAAACCAUUUCUAAUCAUAAAAGUGAAAACAUGAAUUUUAAAAUAAAUUUGUAUUUUUCAUAGCUAACAAAGCUUCGGUCUUAACAAUAGGAUAAACUUCCAGUGCUACGUAUUUAUGUUUACAGUGCCUUUAUAGAUGAAAGUUCGAGUAAAUUAUGAUGUAAUUUUUGUAAUUUUUUCAUCAUUUUGCUGCGUACCAAUAGCCUUACAGUUCUGUUUAUGUUAACAGGAGGGGGAAUGGGCAAGGAAUCAGCUGACAGAAAAUUAAUAAUGACUGAAAUGAUUAAGAGAUGCCUCCCUAACUGAUAGGUGUGCCAAUUUUAGGCAAAACUGUACUACCUGUUAAUAUUUUUGAAAAUAUCUUUACUACCCGGGACUCACAAGAUUAAACUUAAUAUAAACAUAAUUGGUUUGUGCAAAAUGCUUAGUUCUUUUAUAAUUAUUCAUCAUUGCAAUCAUAAAUUUCUCUUUGUUACUGAUUUUAAAAUUCCUAUUAUGUAAAUCUUGUUAUACCAUCACAGUGUUUUAUUAAAAGCUUGGAGUAUUAGUGGUGGUAGUGUACUUGAAAUUUUGCUUCUUUUUAUGAUAUUUAAAUGUAGUACUAUUAGGUAUUCUGAUUAUUAACGAUAGCUAAUAUAUCGUACCUAGAAUAGUGCUGGAUAUUUCUUCUUCACAUGUUAUGCUUAAUAUCCAUAUACAUUGGAGCAUAGAUAAUACAGUACUCAUGUAAGAGACAUAAUGAUUUCUUCUCUUGGAGAAUGAGACAGCUCCCAAGUGUCUUUAUAAACAGCUCCCUUGUUCUCUUUUCUUUUUUUCUUCCAUUGCACUGUAUAAGUAAUUAAGAGUCCAGUAAAGUUCAGAGUCAGUUACACUCCUAUGAUAAUUAUACAUGUCACUUAAUGUAAGCACAUAGUAGGGAAAUUUACUAGUACCAUUUAGAAAAGUACAUUUAAAACCACUGAGAAAUCUGUUCCUAGUUCUUAUAUAGACACAGCAUCCAGUGAAAAAUUGAAAAGUUAUAGUUAAGAAAAAAAGUAAUUUAAAAUGUAAUAUACAUGUAAUACAGUUAGUGGUUUUACAUUUGAUGAUAUACAGAACUUGUGUGAUAGUACCUUGAUGCCCUAUCUGCAUUUGUAUGUGAUAGUACAGUGAUCCCUUUGUCCUUAUACUUCAUCAUUACAGAGGUGAAAAUUACUAACUACUCUUGUCCUUAUACUUUAUCAUCACAGAGGUGAAAAUUACUAACUACUCUAGUAGAAUUCAGUAUGACAGCAAGCUCUUAUCAAAGUUAUAGUCUUUACAAAUACUGUAGUAAAUUGUUUUGAAGUUCAUUAAAGCAAGAAUGUAUUCUACUAAAGUUCAUAACACUGUAUAAUGGUAUAUGAUUUUGAAUGACAUAAUAGUACAUUAUUAAUCUGAGGUUAUGGUGGACUAUUUGUAAUACUUCUUCCCUUGACAUAGUACUAGCUUUAUGUAUUCUCAUGAAAUUACAUGUAGGGUUAGCUACUAUAAUAUAAUAUGCAAAAGCCAUUUUCAAGUAGGUAGUCCCCGGUUAUCAAUGGGCUCGUUAAGACCGAUCCAGUUUUAUGGGGCUUGUCUAGUGGCAAAAAUCAGCGAUUUUCAGCGCCAGUGUGCACCAAUUUCUGCUUGUCUGUGCCAAUAAUCAGGUACUGGCACAGAUACAUAACUGAUAAAGGCACAGAUUUUCGGGGACUGCCUGUACUGCUAAGCACCUUAAUGUUGUCUAUAUCAAGAUGCAUGAUUGUAAGGUAGUAGAUUACUAACUGUUGAUAUUCAAAGCAAGACUAAAAUCAUGUCAGAAAAUUUAUUGGCUUAAGGAUACUUGAUUAUUUUUUGUACAGUUCAGCUUCAUUAAUGGCUAUGUGCAUUGUACCAAUCUAAAGACAGUUCAUUUUUAUAAAUUGUAUCAAAAGUUGUGAUACUAGUGAAACUCAUAUGAAGGCAGCUUACAUUAAUGUUGGGAGAUGAAGGUGCAGUAUAACAUAAUAGUUUAUUGGGGAUGUGCGUUAUUCAUGAGUAAGAAGGAAAUCUUGAAAAAUUGAUUGUUAUACUGGAGUAUUAGUUGUCAAGUUUGAAAUUUUAUGUUUCAAUAAUCAUUUAUUAUAAUAAAUUUGCAGAGGCUUAUUAAUUACUAUCUUUCAUUUGGUUUGGUACGUAUAUAUGUUAUUGCAUAACAAACUGCAUAUUUUUGUACUAUAUCCUUUUCUAAUUGAGAAUCAAGUUGGGUUUCAAAAGAUUCAAAGAAUCAAAACUGCUACACAAACAAAAUACAUAAAAUCUUUAAUUUCUACUCUGAAGUUUUUAUUUAUUGAAAAAUGCUCAAAAUUAUUCAAUUAGUCAAUUAGUAAUUUAUCGUCUGUUAACAUGAUAACGUUUUCAAAGAAGGGUAGUGACUGAUCACCUUUAAUGUUCAACUCUUAAAGAUAUCAUGUGUGGAUCAAGUGUAUAUAUGGUCUGGCAUAGUCACAUAUGUUGACUAUGUAUGUAGUUCAGUUCCUCAACUUUGUCCUUAUUCAUACCUGAUGGUCAAGUACCUAGGUAACAAGUAAGGAUAUGUCUUCUUUUAGAAACAAAGAUAGUACAUAUAUAAAAAGCAACCAAUUUUAACCAUGGUUAGCAUUGUGACACCUAAUAUCUUAUAAACUUGUAAAGGUAUUUAUAUAUAACCAGAAAAAACUGAUCUAUUUGACGUUAUUAAAAAGAAUAAGGAUUUUUUUUACUGAAAAUGUGAAAUUAUUUAACAUACCUUACUUGUGAUCUUGUGUUAUGACAACUAUCAAGGUUUAUUGAGAUAAAAGCAAAAAAUAUUUUUUCCAACAUACUAGUCUUGGGUACCUAACGCCAGAACUGCCAUCUCAUCAAAGUUUUAUGUGUUUUCAUAUUUUAAAGUUGCUCAUGUUUUAAAAAAUAUUGAAAUUUCCAUGCUAGUCAGGCAUUUUACCUCAAGCUGUAUGUAGCUGCCAAAUUUUGACCUUUUUAUAAAUUAAAAAUUACAUCUGAUGUUCUUCCAAGACCAAUUUUGUACCAUUUGGAAUAAAGUUGAUAAAGAUCUGUUAUACAGUACUAUAAAUAUGUACACUCGUAAGUUACAUAGGGAUUAUGUUCUUUAGGCAAUCCAUAAAAGGCAAAUUGGCAUACAUGCAGUAAUACCUCAUAAAAUUUUAGUGUAAAUAACCCAUAUCCAUAUACUGUGUGAUAUUCUAAACUUUAAAAAUAUAUUAAAUUGCAUGUAGCUACUAUUCUUAAAAUCUUAUUUACAUAAGAAUAGCUUUAUGUCACUCAUACAUCUUUCACUUAAAAAUAUUCAUGAUCAAGAUUUAAUCUAUUUAAGAACUAAACACAAUAUCCUAUCAUGAACAAAAUUUAGUAUUGUAAAUACACUGCAAAAGAAACUGGUUUCUCGCCAAUGGUGAUGAGUGAUAUAUACAUUAUUUUCUUGUCAAACUGUAGGAAACCAAAAUUGUAUAGAACUCGUUAGUACUCCCAAGUUGACUGUAUACUGUAUUUAAUUAUACUGAUAUUUACCAUUAAUAUGUACUGUUUAACCAAAAUUAUCCAAAGGAAAAUGAAGAACAUUCUAUUAUAUCAUUUUCCAACUUGUUAUAUGAAGCAUGUCUACUUAGCACUAUUAUCCUUAACAAAAUUAUUCAAUCCAUAGAAAACUGUAUGGAAUAAUAGGGAAGUGUUGUUGCUUAAAAGAAUAAUGACAGCAUGUGUACUGUAUUGAUUGUUGAUGAAAGGACAGUAAAAGUAGAAAGACUUCUGUAGCAAGGGCUUCCUUUCUUAUCAUUACUAGGCCAGGCUGUUAGCAACAUGACAGUUUAAAUAAUUAAGGUGUGAUUAGUUGUCAAGCCUAAACCAUUUGCAAACUAGAGGGAUUUAAUAUUAAAUUUAGUGACAUGUUCCAAUAUAAUGAGUUGGGAUUUAAUUUUAUCAUUUUAUUUCUUUGUACAGAUAUCUAUGUACUAUAAGGUUUUAAUUUAGAACAAUUUAUACUUUUUUAUUUUGAUGAGGAAAAGGCUAAUUGGAGGGGUUGCUGUGGUAGUGUUUAACACUCGCCCCAGUUUUAUACCGACACCUUUUAUAUAGGUGAGCGAGUCAGAGGCUUCUGACAUGUCCAAUUUAGCAGUUCUCUGGUAUUAUAGCAAUAUUUUACUAGAAAUAGUGCUAAAGCAGACAUAUUUCACUGGGCGACACGGCUUCCUCGCCCAGAAAUAGAUUUUUCCUACGUCAAAAUCCCUUUUUUAAUACAUACUUUUAAAGUUUGAGCCAAGAUCUCUUUUGAGGUAUGUUUUAUUCCAGAAAUGUUUAUUUACUGUAUUUUUCUGUUUCAAAGUUUAUUUUAUCUUCGUAUCUGCAAUUAUUGUAUUAUGUAGUAUAUAUUUGUUGUUUUUUAUUUGAUUUUCUUCUUUGUAAAAAAGCAAAACUUUGUGUAUAUGAACAGCAUUUAUUGUGGCCAAUUUUCAGUAGUAUGUACUACUACCAUAAGAAUGAUUAUUUUGAAUUGAAAUGUUGAAUAUUUUUCAAAAUACAGUACUAUACUUUCAUACCAGGGUAUUGUAAGUGCUCAAAAGAAUGCAAUUUGUAACCUGGAUUGCAUGACUAUCAUAUGGAGAUUUAUAUCUCUUGUGUUGAUAGUAAGGCAUGUAUGUUUACCUUUGUGAUUACUAGGUUAACAUUUUAACAUUAAUUGAUGAGACGUAGAGUUCUUCAUACAUCUGCUACUUUCUGUUCCUACUGUAUGUUGUCAAUAUGAGCUUCUUCACUGUUCUUUGAGCUGCUUAAAUUAAGCUAACAGAUAUUUGUUAUAUAAUUAUGUCCAUUUUUUAUUUUUUCUUGUUCAAUUUCUCUAAUAAUUUCAGAUUCCGAGGUUUAUCUUUUAGUAUGUUAAAGCAAUAUGACUAAUUGUGGUUCAGAACAUUACAUCAUUGUGGUUUUCUACCAACUGAAAAGUAACUAUUUGUAUUUAUUAUAUAGUGCUCAUCUGUCAUUCUCAUAUACUACUAUUACAGAUACAUAAAUUAUGCAAGUUUGGCACGAAGUUUAAUCAUUCUGUCAAAGGCAGAUUUUGUCACUUUUACUGGUUAUCAUUGUUAAAUACUUUACAUUCUGUACCUGUAAUAGUCAUCUGAGUAAGGCUGUUUUUUUCAUUCCUUUCAGCAAAUGAGAUACUGUAAGAUUUACUGUCACAACUGAGAUUCUGCAUAUGACAGCAAAAUAAUCUUUCAGUGUGGAUUUCCUGCAUAAUUUCUGCUUAAUUAGGUUUGCCACUGAUCCUUCCAGUUUUUAAGUAAUGCCUCUCCUUCAGUCUUCUUCAUUACGUGAGCUUAGGCUAUCUAAGAUUUAAUGUUAAAACUUCCUCCAAUAAUUAUUGGGUUAAGUUCAGAUGCAACUCAGUUUCAGCAAUGAUAUUUUAACUGCUUGUUAGAAUUAAAAUACUUUACUGAUAGAGCAAGAGUACAUGCAAUGAGUUUCUGCUUUUUUAUUGACAAUUUUGUACCUUGUGGAUGCACUUAUGUUCAUCAAGUUUAGUUUGCUGCACAUAGCAUAAUUCUGCUAGUUGUAAUUGCAUUAAACAUUUCUGAUGGACUGUUUAAUGGUACCCAGUUCCCUUUUUAUAAGACUGUGUUUAAUGGUACACCAUUCCAUUUUAUAAGAAAAGUGCAAUAGUUCCUUACAUGUUUGCAUUACUCAUACUUUGAUACAUUGAGUGAAUGGAAACUUUACUGUCUUGGUUGAGUGGUUUGUAUAGAACAACUUGCCAUUAUCAAUUGUUUUUUGGAUUUUUAGUUGAAAAUAUUUAGUACUGUAGUUUCAGUUUUAAGAAUAACCUGGCAGAGAAUUACAAAGUCUGACCUGCUUUAACAUUUUACAAUUUAUACUGUAUAUAUUUAUCACCACUCAUUUAAUGUUGAAAUGAGAAGCUUCUUGUCAUAAAUAAUUUAUUUCAACCAAAGAUC